GUCGAUGGAGGGGAUCAAUGCUGUGAUGAGGAAGGCUACUAUGGCGACGGCGACGGCGAUGAUGAUGAUGAUGAUGAUGAUGAUGAUGAUGAUGAUGAUGAUGAUGAUUUGGAAGUCAGACAUGCCUUCACUGACUUCACUGCUCUCUCGAAACUCUGCCUCCUCGUCCUACAUGUCAUUCUCAACCUCGUCACCGUCCUUUGUGUCUCGUCGGUUAAACAACAGACGACUUCGGCUUCCAUCUCUUCAGGAGAGCUCCUCCUCCUCCAUCGAUGCAGACACUGCACCUCAUCGCCAGGAUCAUGCAGGAGUGAGUGCUGCGGCUGUUCAACUCCGGGCAUGCGUGUCUGAAGCACGGGAUGUCAAGGAUGGGAUCUGGUGCCUCUCUCGCCUCCUCUCUCGCCUGCCCCCCGCUCUCGAGCACAGAGCUCUUGCUGUAGCCCAGGAGGUUGCUCCGACGGUGGACAAGAGGACGCCUCCGCAGGGCCUGACAAUCAAUCUUGAGACUUGCCUGGGACAAGCUCGUAGUCCUGAUGCUCGCACUUUCUGUCUUGCUGAUCUUCUCGCUCGCAUCCCUCCCAAGGCUCUCGCGCUGGCUGCCCGUCAGGCUGAGGAGACUCCCGUCGUCGACUGGAACGGAACUAGCGCCGAUGCCACACAGGACGCCGAGAGCUUCCUGUCCUGCGUGCAGAGCUCGGAGACUGUGGACGAAGGGAUCGUGUGUCUGGGUACCCUCCUCUCCGACCUCCCGCAGGCGCUUGUAGAACGCAGCACGCGUCUCCUUACCUCUCUGCCUCCUCGCACCGUCAACACGGACCCUUCCGAGAUGCAGACCCCAAACUUCGUCAAGUGCCUGAAGCUUGCGAGCAGCGGCGACUCCGCCAUCUACUGCCUAUCAAACUACCUUAUCCACCUCCCUCAGGACCAGGUCGAACGGGCGUACAUCUUCUACAAGACCCAGCGGCUUCAUCCCACGCUCGAGGACGUUGACCGGGAGGGCGUGUUCAAGAGCACCGCCAAGACGGCACUUAACGACGUUGGCCUCGGCUAGAGCCUCGGGGGAGCGUCAAGUAGAUUUACAUCAUGGAAACUAGAAGGACAGCAAACGACUACCAUCAUGUUGACAGGCUGCUGUCCUCGCUCGCCGUCGCCAGGGGCUACAAGAGCCCUCGGGCUUGCAAGUCCUCCUUGCACCUCGGCGACUCCACGUACCUGAAGUGAAGUGAGUGGGACAAUCCUACAUGUCAAGCAGCAGCAGAUACUUCCUCAGCUCCCCCAGUGCGAUCGCGAUGAUCAGGUUGGCGAUGGCAGUCUGCCAAUGCUGGUCAACCCAUCGAUUGCCACAUGCCUCCCCGGCCUUCCCCCCUGUCCCCUCCUCCUUCCCACUCCAUCUCUCUUCCUAUUCUUCCUGGUCCACUUCUCACCUGUAUGAACUUGGGGACAAACGAUCCAAGUUCGGCAACGAGCUCGAAGCUAACCUUAGACCUGUCUCGCUCUGUGAGCUCCUCCUCCUCCUCCUCCAGCUCCCGCCCACUUGAAGUUGUCCAAAGGUUCGAACACGUAGGCACCUUCGAGCCGCUUGAUCAUGCUCGACUCAACCAUAUGGAAGGUAAUCCUCUUGCAUUCUUCUAACGUGAACCCCAUGACAAAGUCGAAGAUGUAGCCGAAAGCUCCAGCUUUGUAAACGGCCUCGAUGUAGUCAGAGUCCUUAAGGCGGAUGUUGACGCUCUUGAUCCCAUCUCCUGCCCAGUCUUUGUAGUGCUCCAGCUCGCUCGCCACCAAAUAGAUCUGCUGCGAAUCUGCCGACUCGUCAGGACGCGGCUGGUGCGGGGGAAGCAGCAGCAUCACCUGCCGCCAUCUCCAUCUCCUGGCAAAGGACGUUUUUGUCCCUUUUUGCCUCCACCUUCAGCGAGU